AUGCUCAAUGGACUCGUUGGCUCAGAAUCUUCUCAAAAAACGUCUUCUACGUCGACUCGAAAUUACUUCGCCAGUCUCGACGACAACCAUGAGGAGACGAAAGAAAUGCUCGAGAUCAGCGAUGAAGCAACUGCCAACGGAGUGUCAUCUAUGGAGAAUUCAGAUGAUGUAAAAACGGCGAAACUUCCUCAUUUUCCGCUGUUUUCACCGAGAUCUGUGCGACUAUGGAUCGGCAUGCUACUAACGACAGGACUCUACGCCACAGUAUCUAUGAGAGUGAAUUUGAGUAUGGCAGUCGUCUGUAUGGUAAACUCGACUGCGUUUUCAACUGAAUCGCCAGCGAACAGCACUUCUGAACCAACCGCAUCUCCGAAGUGUGGAGCGAUAAACACGGAUAUCAAGACUGCUGCUCACGCUGGAUAUACGGGCGAUUUAUUAUGGAGUCCAGCAAUGCAGUCCCUCCUCCUCUCAGCAACAUUUUAUGGUGCAUUGGGAACUAUUUCUUUUGCUGGUAUACUAGCGGACAGGUAUGGUCCAAAGAUGAUAGUUAUAGUUGCCACUUUGGAUUACGUUAUCAUCACAUUAUUAACGCCUUUCCUGGCUAAAUGGUCUUACUAUGCCUAUUUUUUAUCCAGAAUCACCAUGGGUAUCGGAGAGGGUUUCAUUUUUCCUUGUUUCGCAACAAUUGUUGGAAAAUGGUUCACCCCGGCAGAAAAAUCAACAGUUGCAGCGAUGUACACCUCCGGCAAUCAGCUCGCUGCUGGAUUUACCUCAAUGAUCUCCUCAUACCUUUGUACAUUAGGUCCUGGAUGGCCCAUAAUAUUCUACAUAUUUGGUGCAGUUGGCUGCCUUUGGUUAAUAUUAUGGACAGUAUUCGCAACUAAUUCCCCUACCAAUAAUCGAUUCAUAUCCGAAGAAGAAAAGGCUUAUCUCUCAGAACAUAUUCAUCAUGGAAAAACUAAAAUAAGCUGCCUGUUCCAUGGAAGCGAAUGCUCUCCUCACGACCCCUGA